AUGGUGAGAAAAAAACGGACAUCAGAAGGCAUGAUGGAGAUGACUCUUCUGUCAGAAUUAUGAACAGGACUUCAUUCCAGACCUCCUUGUGCAGCAGAGAUUUCAUGAAGCCAGACAGGUUCAGUAAAACUACAAACAAGAAGUUGGCUCACACUCCAAGACCAGAAUCUUUCCCUGUACCCACAUUGGAUGCUAGUAUUCUGGAUUUCCGCAAGUCACACAAUUUAGGAAGAAGUGAGAUAUUGAAUGUACAGCAUAGAAGUGGACCAGUAUGUUCAGCAGGAAGUAACAUUAUGUGCCUUAGGCAAUCACAAAUGUCUCUUUUGUUGAAGACAGAGGAAGAUACUUUUGCAGAAAGCAAAGCUUCAUCAAAAACUUUAGAUGAAACUGUAGCCAGCUUAAUUCCCACCUCUCUUGAUAGUAGAGAUGGCUCUGCUCAGCCACAUGUGUCUUGGGCCAUGGUACUUUCACAACCUCCAAAGAAAAUUGUGUCAUCACCAGCAUCUGAAGGCCUUUCCAGAAGUGAAGGGAAGCAGGAUAGUGAAGCAAAGCAGUCAGAAACAAAAAAUGAUGCUAGUGAAACUGAGCCUGAAGAAGCAUCGGAAAAGAAGAAAAAAAAGAAGAAAAAGAAGAAAAAACCCAAGUCACUUAUUGAUGCAGAAAAACCUCAAAAUGAAGCUAGUAUAAUACAGGAGCCACCAAGGAUUGAGGAUGCUGAGGAGUUUCCUGAUCUGGCAGCUGCUUCUGACAGGAGAAACCAGCCAGGAUCUAAGAAAUCAUUAUUUACUCCUGCUUUCAGAAAGCAGCCUGAAAUCCAUCUCCUUGAAGAGCCUUGGGAUACACGAUCUCCCACACUGGAGGGAACUCCGAAAGUGGACGGACUCUCAGGGAAGCAAGUUUCAUCUUCUGCAUUAGAAAGAAAGAAAAUGCAGGAAACACCCAGGAGCAGUGGUAAGAAGAGUCAGAUUCCUGUGCAAUUGGAUCUAGGUGACAUGCUGGCAGUCUUGGAGCAGAAACAGCAAACAGAGAAGUCAAAACAGUCUUCUAAGCCUGUGGUGCUUUCAGUUGGUGGUGCCAUGCCAUUGCUUUCUAAAGAACCUGCUACAGCCACAAAAAGUCACCGGUUAAACCAAGGAAAGAUGCCUCAUAACCCUUUGGAUUCCAGCGCUCCUUUGGUAAAGAAAGGGAAACAGAGAGAAGUCCCUAAAGCAAAGAGACCGACACCUCUUAAAAAGAUUAUUCUCAAAGAAAGAGAACAACGAAAACAGCAGCAUCUGUUAGAACAGACAGCACUACUGAAAAAUGAAGAUACUACUUGUCACUCUACAGAAAAUAUUACUGAAGAUGAAACAUUUACGCAGGGUAGUCAAGCAGCUGUUCCUGUAACUCAAGUUGCUGAAGGGAUUCUGGAGCACACAAGGAUCAAGGAAUCUGCAGAAAUGUCUAUGGCUUCAAAGCAGCUGACCUCCAACCUUCCAAAAAUCCAUAGCAGGAACUUUAGAGAUUACUGCAGUCAGGUACUUAGUAAAGAAGUUGACAGUUGUGUGACAGAUCUUUUAAAAGAACUGGUUCGUUUCCAAGAUCGCUUGUAUCAGAAAGAUCCAGUAAAGGCCAAAAUAAAACGCAGGCUUGUCAUGGGUCUUAGAGAAGUUUUGAAACAUCUGAAGCUGAAAAAACUGAAGUGUGUCAUCAUUUCUCCCAACUGUGAAAAGAUUCAGUCAAAGGGUGGAUUGGAUGAGACUCUACACCACAUUAUUGACUGUGCCUGUGAACAGAAUAUCCCCUUUGUUUUUGCCCUUAAUCGCAAGUCCCUAGGCCGCUGUGUGAACAAAGCAGUGCCUGUGAGUGUGGUGGGAAUUUUUAGCUAUGAUGGGGCUCAGGACCAUUUUCAUAGAAUGGUGCAACUGACAACAGAGGCCAGGAAGGCGUACAAAGAUAUGAUAGCAGCCUUAGGGGAAGAAACUGAAGGACCAAGAGAAACCCAACCCAGCAUCUUAACCACUGAAUGUGAAAAAAAUGGCUCAUCAGAAACUGGUAGAACAUCUUCCAAGGACUCUGAUGAAGAUGUACCAAAUUACAUUAAAAUCUGGAAGAGAAAACUUGAAGAAGAGUAUAAUCCAUAUGCACUGGAACUGGAGAAGAAUGCAGCUGCUGGCAUGGUGAUAGUGAAUUCAGAAGAGCAUCAGUAAACCCAGAUCCCAUUGUAUGGGCCUUCUAAUUGUUAAAUUAUUUAUUUUAAGGAGAUUGCUAGGAAGAAGGUAGCAAAAUAAUUUAAGAAGUAUCUGAAGUCAGCUAAGUUAACUAACCUGUCCUGAAUCCCUUUAAGCAAAAUACACACUGAAGCACAUGAGGCACUGGCUCAUGCUCUCUUACGUUCUGUGUAUUUGGCUGAUGACACUGUCUUGGCCAUGAACCACUCAAACUGGCUUGGCUUGCUUCAUUGAUUUGUUAAUGGUAAAAUAUACCAAAAGAACUUACUAGAAAUACAGUUUUAUGUGGCAGGUGAAUCUGUGAGCCAGGUUUGGCCUUGUGAGGAGUUGCUUUCUAUUUUCUGACUCUUGUUUAAGAGUUAGAAAAGUUACUGGUUUUCAAUUGCGGGUUUCGUUUUAGUUUUUUCAGGUGGGCAGGCUGCCAUCAAUGUCACUUUCAGUUAGCAAAAAAUUAAUUUUGGGCAGACAGCUUGAUUAAAUCUGUUAAAGGAAGGCCAUGAUAGCAAUGUUUCCAGUUAGCUAUUCUUUGUGUAAUUUUAUUCUUCUGGGAUCCUACAGCAGGGGUAAAGGAGAGAGCAUAGACUCUAAAGAUCUAGAAUUCCUAUAGUAAAAAUGCUCUGCUUAGACAUUUUAUAAAGUUAAUUAAGUGUACAGUUGUAUGUUUCUGCUGCUAGUGAGACUAGUUUAUUGUGGGUCCUGCUUUGAAGUUUGAAGAUACUGAAGGACAGUAAAUGUGCUAGCCUGCUAUUGUAUAUGUAUCUUCUCCAUGGUGACAGACUCCUCAUUCCUUCAGUUUGGGGCUGUGUCAGUAGAGGGAGAGAUAUAGAUAUAGAUAUAUAGAUAGAUAGAUUAAAAAAGAGGUUUUGAUCAACUCAGUUUGUACCUACAGUAGGGAAAAAAUUAUCUUACAGGAAAUUAAAUUUAUAUCUCUCAAGAAAUUAUAUUUUAAAACUAGAAUGUGCUCAUAAUGGUGGUGGAGCACUUUAGAGGGGAUGUCCUAUACAAAUGCCAAUGUUUACAAGUUGCAGACAUAAUGACAAACCUAAAGAAAGUAAUUUGA